AUGGACUGGCACGCAAAUUAUCCACUGGCACAUCAAAAAAUCCCUGUAUCUCCUUUUGGUGCAAAUCCAUCGUAAUUAUAUGCGUUAAACCACUUUUACAAAGCAUCUUUGCUAACAGUUUAGAAACUAUACAACCUCGUUUACGCAUUUUGCAUUGCUUAGAGUAAGGCAAAUAUGGAAUGACACCGACAAUAUUCUUCGCAGAAGAAGUUUUACAAGCAUACGCCAUAAUCAAAAGCUCCAUUAUGUUGUUGUUUACAUCUUUCGUUCCCGUUUGAAUUAUGUAGAGAUCUUUACUACGUACAGAAUCUCCAAUUUCAACCAUAGUUUCACGAUUUGAUUUGUGAUACACAGAACAUCCUCCGUGUUUAACACCUAAUCGACUGUUUUGAAUCAAACAGUUACAAUCAAACAAAGUGAUCAUAAACAUAUAUAUAUGUAAACUUACUUAGCAAUAAGAUUAGCCAAUUCUGGAUGAGAAUUACCCGCGAUGAGUACAAUAUCUGAGGAUACGGGCUUGUCCAUAUUACAUAAAUGCUUCUGAAAAUUAAACGAAUAUAAUUUGUAUAAUAAAAACUCGUUUCGUAAAAACUGUACGAAACAAUAUAUUCUUAUUCGAAAUAAAUAAAAAUCAAUCAUUCAUAAAAAUCAAUAAAUCACAAUGACAUCUAUGAUAUCAACUAUGAUUUAGCAAUGACACGAUAUACUUAAUGUAAAUACCUUAUAGUUCACAAUACGAUAAUAUAAAGUAUUUAUAUUAAAUCACGUAUUACAAAGCGUUUCCAAUAUUAGUAUGUUCCAAAUUAAAUUAUUCUUCGUUUAUUUAUGUCAUUACUUCGCUAAUCCUAUUGAUUAAAUGCUGUUAACUUAAUUAGAAUGCACGGGAUCGAAUCGAAUUCUUUUUUAUCGAAAUAACUUUUUUUUCUUUAUGCUUCGUUUACGUUAACCUUUGUAGAUCUACUGUUUCUUGAACAGCUGCUCGAUUUCAGAAGUACCAACUUAUCGACAAACAAUAAAUAAAAUCAUAUUACGAAUUGCGAUGAAGGGUACUAAAUUUUUAUUUUAAUCCUCAAAAUAUUUGUUUUCUCAGAAAAGUAUAAUAGAGUGUUAUUCUUUUUUAAAAUCUUAACUUUUUUUUUUUAAUUCGAACUAUCGUUUACUUAUAUCAGAAUCCUUUUGCAUGCAAUAUGGUUUCAAUAAUGUUACGAUGAAGUAUUUAAUUCAUGUAUUUCUGUAAUUAGUUUGUAUUGUCACGUAGAAUACGUUGCAGUUAUAUAGUAGUAGUAUUUUCUGAUAUUCCAAAGUUGCAGUGAUAAAAUUUAAUUUAUUUGAACAAGGCAUUUUUAUAUCAGUAGUUACAUUAUAAAUCAUAAUUUUUCAUAUUCAUGAAUACAUGGAAAUUAAUCUUUUCUUGAAUAAUUAUUUUUAUCUGAUAUUGGUCAAUUGUAAAGUGAUAAUGUAACAUAAUGUAAUUAAAAUAGAUUAUAACAUUAAAAUAACAAUGACAUUACAUUGUAUUUUUAUUAAUGUAUUUCUAAUACAUUAAUGUUACACAUUAAACAAAGUGAUACUAAAGUGAUGCUGAUUCUCCAGAAAAAUUUAGAAUAUACUAUAAUUUCUGUACAUAUAUAUAUUUACAUACAUAUAUAUUUUCUUUUUUUUUUUUUUUAGAUAAAAUGAUGCAUACUACAAGAGCAGAUACUUCUGAACGAAGAUUUGAAAUACAAUGUAAAUUAGAAGCAGAGAUUGCUUCUUUAGAAGCGUUGAAAGAAGCAGAAGAGCGAAGUAGAAAAUUAACAAACAACGUUGUAGGAAUUUUAUCUUCUUUAGAGCAACGUCUUGCUACAUUACGUCGUACUAUACUUCCCGUUUAUAAUGAAACAGGAAAUCUUCAAGCACAACAACAAAAUAUAGAAAUGACAUUAAAUGCAUUAGAUCAUGCUAUUGGAUACUAUGGGGUCUGUCAAGAAGUAGAAGUUACAGUGCGAGCUGGUCCAGGAGGAUCUGGAGGAUUAGAUAACUUUUUAGAAGCGAUGAAUCGUCUUUACAAUGCUCAACGUUAUUUUCAAAAAAAUAAUCCAAGCUCUGUAGAAUUAGAGAAUGUAACAAGUUUAUUUGUCGUUGGUUUAGAUGCUUUAUACGCAGAAUUUCAUGAUAUUUUAACUAGACAAAGUAAACCAAUCCUUCCAAUCGUUCUGCUGGAUUUAAUUGGAUCAGAUGAAGAUACUAGCGGAGAGGAUGCUCCUCAAUCUCUUUGUCAAUUACCAGAAAGUAUUUUAGGAGAUUUACUUAAAAUUGCAGCAUGGUUGGAAGAGAGGGGACACCGUAAACAUGUAAAAAUUUAUGCAUCUGUACGUUCUGCUAUUGUUUUAAGAUCUUUACAGUUAUUGAAAGAACAUCAAAGAAGUGCUAGUGGUGGUAGUACACAUGCAGGAAGUCCUUUGCCAAAGACAAAAUUUGGAAAUAGACAUUCACUAGGAAUUCAAGAAAUUAGUGGGAAAAGAGCUUCUAAAAGAUUACAGCAUGCUUUAGAAAAAAAAGCUAGUAGAAUGUUGUUAAAAGCUUCUCAAACUACUGGUUUGGGAUUGUCUUUAACUACAUCUAGGAAGCCACCACCACAGUUAUCUGGACAUUCUGUAGAAGAUACAGCACCAGAUGAACAAGAAAUGGAAAAUUAUUUGCUGUUAACAGUUGGUCUUCAUAAACUUAUGCAAGCAGAGCGAUCACUAGUUGCUAAAAUUUUACCAACUAGUUUGCAAGCACAAGUACUAGAAGCUACAGUACGUGAAGCUAUGGAUUUAGUAGCUCAUGAUGGAGAGAGUAUAGCAACUCGUGCUAAGAGAUGUAUUGUAAGACGUGAUUUUUCUGCAGUACUAGUUAUCUUUCCAAUUUUAAAACAUCUUGGAGAAUUAAAACCAGAUUUGGAACGCACCGUUGAGGGUUGUGAUUAUGCCCUUAGAUCAAAAUUUACUUCUGUGCUUAAUACUCUGAAUAUAACUGGAGCAAAAGCAUUGGAAGAUUUUGCAGAAAGUGUUAGAAAUGAAUCUAACUCAAUUUUACCUAAAGAUGGUACAGUUGCAGAAAGUACAAGCAAUGUCUUAGUUUUUCUGGAACAAUUAGCAGAAUACGCGGAUAUAGCAGGAGCUGUACUAAGACGUAGUGCUGAUAUGGAAAGUGCAACAUGUAUAAAACAAACAGAAAAUAUGUAUAGAAUUGUUCUUGGCACUUACAUUAAAAAGGUACUAGCGCAACUGAAUUUGGUACUGGUCAGUAAAAGUGAUACUUCAUAUUCGGAUGUUGCAUUAAGAGCUUUGUUUCGCUUAAAUAAUCAUAAUCAUGUUAUAAAUGCUUUACGUCGUAGUUCCUUAAUGGAACUUUUAUUAUUAGCAGAACCUAGCGCAGAACAAACAUAUCAUGAUCUCUUGUUACGUGAUAAGGCUAAUUAUGUUUCUACUACAUUUGCGAAAGCACGCGCUUAUCUAGAACAACCCUUUGAUGAACCAGAACCAGGAGCAAAAACUUUAAAGGAGAAAUUUUUAGGAUUUACAAGAGAAUUAGAAGAAGUUGCAAAGUGUCAACGUUCUUAUUCUGUACCUGAUGCUCGGUUACGAGAAGAAUUACGAAAAGAACUUCAACAAGCUAUUGUUCCGCUUUAUACGAAUUUUUAUAACAAGUAUCGAGGAAUAUCAUUUUCCAAAAAUCCAGCUAAAUAUAUAAAAUACACUCCGGAACAAAUAUCUAUAUUAAUUGAUACAUUCUUUGACACAACGGCAUAA